AUGGGUAAAGGAAAAGGAGGUGUUCGUCUACAUGUCCCUGAAUGGAAAGAGGACGUAGUUUAUCUCUUUCAAUUCCCUCGCACAAAACAUUUGCCGAACAUCUCUCCAUACUGCUUGAAAGUCGAGUCAUUCCUUCGACUUCAUGGAGUCAAAUAUGAGGUUCGUGAGACAUUCAAGCUCCGAUCUUCUCAAGGUCUCUUGCCAAUGAUUGAAUUGAAUGGACGACAAGUGGGCGACUCUGGGCUAAUCAUUGCUCAUCUAAAGAAGACAUUGAAUAUCCAGGACUACUCCGACGAUAAAGAGGCAGCUCAGGGAAGAGUAAUCUCAAAAGCCUGUGAUGCUUUCACUGCUCAUACCAUCUACAAGUACAAAAUCCUUGACAACUCAAAGAAUUUUGCUGGAGAGAUUAUGACUGCUGCAAAGAUGCCGAACUUUGCUAAGGGAAUCGCUACAGCUCUUUUCGCGCGACAAAUUCGUAAAUCGGCAAAUAUGAAAAUCGGAGCUCAAUUGGGAAUCUGGCCUGAUGGAGCACACGAGGAAAUGGUGCGCGAUGAGCUACAAAUGUAUGAGACUCUCUUGAAGAACUUUGUCGGUCACAACCUUUUUGGAGACAAGAUCACUGAGGCCGAUCUAACCCUUUGGUCUCACUUGGCCACCACACUCUAUAUGCCGUUCGAUUUGUUGCCACAAAAGCUUAUUCGAGAAGAUUUCCCACAUCUCAAAUCGUUCACCGAGCGUCUUCGGGAUAAACUCUGGCCUGAUUGGGAAAAAGCUGAUUUCACUCCACAAGUCUCACCUUGCAAA